AUUUGAUGAUCUUUACCAAUGUGCACAGUUUGUGUGUGGGCAUGUCAAUGCCAAAACAAUGAAACCACCUCUAGCUCUGCCUUUGCUCUCCGGGCUGUUCUUCGCUUCUGCUGUACUGUAACGUACUGGCUAAACUCGAGAGUCUCUUUGGUUGGAGCACUUAAAAACUUCUUUCUCGAAGAUGCAACGUGUGAAGGUGGUCAUAGUUGGAGAUUAUGAAGUGGGUAAAUCACGUUUUCUCGUACAAUGGUGCUCCAAUGACUUUCCUGGCAGCGCUGUUUAUGCGGUUGUGGUGGAUGGAAAACCAGUCGAAGUGGUGCUAUGGGAUACACCCGGCCACGAAGACUACGCUAGGCUCCGCCCAUUGCAGUACCCCGAUACUGAUGUUUUCCUCGUUGCAUUUUGUGUCAAAGACCCCAGUUCAUUGACCAACAUCAAAGAGAAGUGGUUACCUGAAAUUCAUCAUUAUUGUCCCAACAAACCCGUGCUGCUACUAGGGCUCAAGUAUGACCUCAGAGGUCAAGAGGUCAAUGGUGGCUACACUGAGGUCCGCCACGAAGAUGCUCUGCAACUGGCAAAAGAUAUUGGAGCGGUGGGUUACUAUGAGGCAAGUACUGUAACAGGAUUUGGUGUGAUGGAGGCAAUGGAUGCUUGUUUGAGGGCGGGGAUAAAACGUAGAUUUGUACUGCCAUGGAAACGAUACUCCCAAUUUUACACGAAUGUCGGUGGAUCUUACAUCCCCCCGCCCCCUCAACCACCGGCCAAUAAAAAAACAGUGGAGAUAAAAGUCCCGUCUUCAACUUUUUCCGCUGAUUGGGCAAAAACGAUAGACAACCCGUCUCAUUCGGACGUAGUCUUGAGACUGGAGGGCAAGACGUAUCAUGCCCAUCGCUAUGUGCUGGCAUCUGCUUCAGAUCUGUUUAGACAGCUGCUCGGGGUGACUCAGAAAGUUAAGGUUGACAACCUGUAUGAUGGGUGUGGCAAGGCACGACUAAUGAACGUUACCAUGGAGAUGGUCAACUCGGGGCAGCUUGAGGGAAUGCUACACAUUGACGACAGACCUUGCUCAGACGGUAGGCAGGUGACAGAGGUGACCUUUGACCCCUCUCUGGUGACGGAGCUGGCGCUAUCUCGUACCCUAACGUUCCUCUACACUGGAGUGGUGGAACUCAACAAAGAGAGCGACGGUAUCGACGAAACAAUCAAGAUUUCUCAGCUGCUAAAUUUGCCUGAGUUAGGGCUCUUGUGUGAGAAUGCUCGUAAAGGGGAGGAGUUUCUGAAUCAGAAAAUUGGAAUGUGGUUGAACGAUAGAAAUGUCAGCGUCGCAAAACAACUAUUUCUCAACAAGGGACUGUUCUCUGACGUGUGUUUCCUGGUGGAGGGUGUGGUUGUCCCUGCCCAUCGACUAGUACUGACCACACGAUGUGAGGUCAUGUCAGCCAUGUUGUCUGGAGCCUUCCAAGAGAGCACAGCUAACCAAAUAUCCAUCCCUGAUAUCCCAUUGGACACGUUUGUGUGUUUCCUAGAGUACCUGUACACUGACCACGCCCCCAUUGAGGAGGGGAACUCUAUGGAAAUAUUGAAGCUGGCUGACAGGUACGUGAUGAGUCGGCUGAUGUCACUCUGUGAACUGUACAUCUCCAAGCAUGUGGAGAGGGCCACUAAACAUUCCAUUGCAAAGGCUGACGUUGACGUUAUAGGACUCCUGCUCUUCUCACAGCUGCACAACGCGUCUCAACUCAGCAGUUGGUGCCUCCACUUCAUCUCAAGCAAUUUCGAUGUUUUUAAGGGAAACGAACAAUUCCUGCAAUUGGGCGAAGACAACCUCUCUUAUGUGAAGGAGCAUCGAUGGCCAUGUUACGAGGCCGCUAUGAACGAGUAUAAGACCAAGUACCUCAAUACUGAGGGGGAGGAGUCAGGUGACCCCUCCAGGACAUCGGACAAUGGAGCAGCUGUCAAGAGCCACAAGAGACGAGGACUCUCCCGACUGUUCAAAUAGACUGAACCUGUCACUCUGUUUGUGUUAGCAUUUUGUGUUUCAUUGAUUUUUAUUCCAUGCACAUUUUUAUUACAAUCUGCAAGACGUCCAUAAACGUUUUUUUACGAUCUCAAGACGUCCAUAAACGUUUUUCUCCAAUUUAUAAUAUAAUUGAUAUGCAUGCAUGCUCACUUGCUAUAUUGAUCACCAACUUUUGUUGUUGAUUAUAAUAGCUUGAAAA